AUGAGGGAGCAACCAUAUUUCGUAAUCUUGCUGCUGCUGAUUGUUGUUGUAGGAGCAAUUCAACAAGUGAAAUGUUUUCAUAUAGAAAAACCUUUAUCAGGAAUUGCUAUCCAUAAAACGACAGUCCAUCUCAAUGAACAAGCUCAUGUCAAAGCCUCUCCAACUGUUCUUGGAUCUAAUGGUCAACAUAGUGAACAUGUGUUGGUGGAAUUUAGUUCUCUGUACCCAUCAGAUGAUGACUGGAUUGGAGUCUUUUCUCCUGCAGAUUUCAUGGCUUCUACUUGUCCAGGAGAUAACAAACAAAUGGUGAGCCUACCUCGACUAUGUUCAGCUCCUAUCAAGUUUCAAUAUGCAAACAUUAGUAAUCCAAGAUACAAGAGUACUGGAAUCGGUUCCUUGAAGCUUCAACUCAUCAACCAGAGAUCAGACUUUUCCUUCGCGCUCUUUUCUGGCGGUUUGUUGAAUCCAAAGCUUGUGGCAGUCUCAAACAAAGUAGCCUUUGAGAACCCAAACGCACCGGUUUACCCUCGCUUGGCGCUAGGCAAAGAAUGGAAUGAAAUGACGGUGACAUGGACUAGUGGUUAUGCACCCGAUGUAGCGGAACCUCUAGUCGAGGGGGGCAUCAAAGGAGGAAAACGUAAACUCUCACCUGCUAGUACAUUGACCUUCAAGCGUAGAGACUUGUGCGGUGCUCCUGCAAGGACUGUGGGAUGGCGUGAUCCUGGAUACAUACACACAUCUUUCCUCAAAGACUUGUGGCCUAGCUCCACCUAUACGUACAAACUUGGGCAUAGACUUCUUUCCAACGGUGCAUUCAUAUGGAGUAAAGAAUAUCACUUCAAAUCUUCUCCGUUUCCAGGCCAAGACUCUCUCCAACGUGUUGUAAUCUUUGGAGACAUGGGGAAGGCUGAGGUUGAUGGCUCAAAUGACUACAAUAGUAUCCAGCGCCCUUCUCUCAACACCACAAAGCAACUCAUUAAAGAUCUAAAGAAGACAGACGCAGUUUUCCACAUUGGAGAUAUAUGUUACGCAAGUGGAUAUCUUUCCCAGUGGGACCAAUUCACAGCUCAGAUUGAGCCCAUUGCUUCCACUGUUCCAUACAUGAUUGCAAGUGGAAACCAUGAGCGUGACUGGCCCUACUCGGGAUCGUUUUACCAUGGUGUAGAUUCUGGAGGAGAAUGUGGUGUACCAGCUGAGACAAUGUUCUACGUUCCUUCUCGAAACAGAGAUAAGUUAUGGUACUCUAGUGACUACGGAAUGUUUAGGUUCUGUGUGGCUGACACGGAGCGGGACUGGAGAGAAGGAACUGAUCAAUACAAGUUCAUUGAGCACUGUUUCGCAUCAGUCGACAGAAAAAAGCAGCCGUGGCUUAUUUUCUUAGCUCACCGCGUGCUCGGUUAUUCCUCCACGUAUUUCUACGCCAAAACAGGCUAUUUUGCUGAACCAUUUGGGAGAGUUCAUCUCGAAAAGCUCUGGAAGAAGUACAGAGUGGACAUUGCAGUGUAUGGACAUGCACAUAACUACGAGAGAACAUGCCCCGUUUACCAGAGUGUAUGCACGAGUCAUGAAGAAACUAACUAUAAGAGUCCAUUGAAUGGGACGAUCCACGUAGUUGCUGGAGGUGGAGGGGCUCAUCUUGCUGAAUUUUCCGAGGAGAAACCGAGUUGGAGUCUGUUCAGAGAUUACGACCAUGGAUACGUUAAACUCACAGCGGUUGAUCACUCUAGUCUUGUGUUCGAGUACAAGAAGAGCAGCGACGGACGAGUCCAUGAUUCAUUCAAGAUAUCAAGAGAGUACAGAGACGGUUCAGCUUGUGGUGUUGAUAGUUGCCCUGCAACAACACAUGCUACGUAAAGAAGAUCAUUCUGUGGUCA